AUGCAAUUAGUUAAGAGUGAUCUUUCCGGAUCUGACUUGUUAGAUUUUUAUACAAACUUUAUUUCAUCAUUCGAAUUAAAGAUUAAUCACUUAAAAUUAGGAAAAAUAGUUGUAGAAAUAUCAAAGAGACUUCCUCUCAACAGCUCUGAAGGUUAUCCUUUUGUUGAAAAAGUUUUUAAUGCUCUCUCCAAGCAAGAUAGAGAGGCUUCUUGUAUUUUAAAAAUUGAAAUGGCAAUGUGGAAGUUGAAGGAAUCUGAUCUUACUGCUUGUAAAAGAUUGUUGGGUGAAGCUAAGGAAACUAUCUCUACUUUAGGAUUUGUUGAUAAUGUUGUAAAUGCUGCUUACUAUAAGACAUAUUCUAAUUAUUUGAAGCAUAUUGAUGAUCCAAAUGAAUUCUAUAAGAAUGAACUUCUCUAUCUUGCAUAUACACCAAUUGAAGAAAUACCUUUCAUUGAACAACAAUCUAUUGCUUUUGAUUUGGGUAUUGCUUCACUUCUCGGUGAUUCAAUUUACAACUUUGGAGAAUUUUUACAACAUCCAGUUGUUGAAUCAUUAAAUGGUUCCAAGGCUGAAUGGCUCUACAAGUUCUUGAUGGCCUUCAACAAGGGUGACAUUAGAGGAUAUGAACAAUUAUUGGUUCAUUUCGCUAGUGAAAUUGAAUCUAGACCUGCAUUGAACGAAAAGAGAGAUUUCUUGUAUGAAAAGGUUCAAUUGAUGUGCUUGAUGGAAUUAGUUUUCAGUAAGCCAGCCGAUGAUAGAAAUAUUUCCUUCGAAGAAGUUUCAGCAAUUACUGGAAAGUCAUUGGAUGAAGUUGAACCACUUCUCUUGAAGGCUUUGGCUUAUAAUUUGAUUCGUGGUGUUAUUGAUGGUGUUAAGAAUUCUAUUCACGUCAGUUGGGCUCAACCAAGAGUUCUUGAUAGAGAGCAAAUUUCAGUCUUGAGUAACAAAUUGAGCGUUUGGUUAGGUAAGGUUGAUGAAACCUUGUCUUUCUUGGAAAAGCACGGUUCUGAAGAAAUUGUCAAAUAAAUUGUAAACAUAUAAUU